AUGUCCGAGAAAGAUCGGUUGUUCUAUUUCCUCGAGGGAUUAAAGCCAUGGGCUAGAACGGAGCUUCAAAGACAAAGGGUCCAAGAUAUGGCCUCCGCUCAAGCGGCAGUUGAGAGGUUAACUGACUACACAUUCGAAGAAAACUCUGCAAGAAGAAACUCAUCCUUUACGAAUGUGAAGGUCAAUCAAAGCGUGAGACCAGGACAAAGCAAAAGUGGGGGAGGGGAGUCAAGAUUUUCAAAUUCUGGAGGAACAGAUAAAAGAUUUAGCAAUGUGAGAGACACAGCUUCGUCCAAGUCAGCAGUCUCAACAGGGGUGUUUACUCCAUGCCCAUUUAACUCUGCUGGCUUCACCCCGAGACCCCUAUCAUGUUUCUUAUGUAGGGGACCUCAUAGAGUAAAUGAGUGUCCUCAUAAGACUGCUUUGUCAGCUCUACAAGCCCAAAUUUCAGCAAAGGAGAAUGAGGAUCGACAAGAGGAGGUAGAAGAACAUAGCCACAUGGGGGCAUUGAAAUUCCUGAAUGCGGUUGAAAGGCAGCCCUCUGUGACAAAGAAGCUCUUACCCAAGGGCCUAAAGUUCGUGGAAGGAAGCAUAAACGAAAAGGUCGCCAAGAGUGUGAUGAUAGCCACUGGCGCUACCCACAACUUUAUAUCGGAAAUGGAAGCACUAAGGCUAGGGUUGGAGUACGAGAAAGACAUGGGCCACAUGAAAGCAGUUAACUCCUCACCCUCUCCCACUGUAGGGUUGUCAAAAGGGGUGCGCCUGAAGUUGGGUAAUUGGGAAGGAAAGACAGAUUUGGUGGUUGUGCAGAUGGACGAUUUCAACGUUAUAUUGGGGAUGGAAUUCAUGCUGGGAAACAAAGCCAUUCCCAUUCCUAAUGCUCAAAAUCUGUUAGUAAUGGGGGAGAGACCCUGUGUUGUGCCGGCCAAGGUGGUGUCACCAAGUGAGCCUCGCCUUCUGUCGGCCCUCCAACUUAAGAAGGGCGUGAAGCACCAAGAACCGACAUAUGUUGUCGUCCCCCUGAUAAAAGACGGGAGUGGGAACGAGAUAGUACCGAAGGAGAUCAUGGGAAUCUUAGAGAGCUAUAAAUAUGUGAUGCCAUCGGAGUUACCUAAAGAGUUACCACCCAGGAGGAAUGUAGAUCAUGAGAUCGAGUUACUCCCAGGGACUAAACCGCCUGCGAGGGCACCAUAUAGCAUGGCCCCUCCAGAGCUGGCAGAAUUGAGGAAGCAGCUUGGGGAUCUAUUGGAGAAGAAACAUGAUGGGACUUUGCGAUUGUGUGUAGACUACCGAGCUCUCAACAAGGUCACCUUGAGGAACAAGUACCCUAUACCCCUGAUUAAUGACUUGUUUGACCAACUUAGUAGUGCCAAGUACUUCACAAAGCUAGACCUUUGCUUGGGGUACCAUCAAGUCUGCAUCGCAAAAGGGGAUGAGUACAAGACAGCAUGUGUCACCCGAUACAGAGCCUUUGAAUUUCUGGUAAUGCCGUUCGGAUUGACUAAUGCACCUGCUACCUUCUGCACAUUAAUGAACCAAGUCCUCAGCGACCUGUUGGAUAGAUUUGUGGUGGUGUAUCUGGACGACAUUGUGAUUUAUAGUUCCACUUUGAAAGAGCAUGUGGAACACUUGAAGGUGGUGUUUCAACGGUUGCGAGACAACAAGUUGUAUAUGAAGCGAGAAAAGUGCUCCUUCGCGCAAGAUACCAUAAAGUUCUUCGGUCAUAUCAUAGAGAGGGGAAGAAUCAGGAUGGAUAUGGAGAAAGUAAGGGCCAUUGAAGAGUGGCAGAGUCCCAAGAAUGUGAAGGAAUUGCGCUCUUUCCUUGGACUAGCCAAUUACUACCGGCAGUUCAUUGAGAAGUACUCUAAAAUGACAACUCCCUUAACCGAACUGUUGAAGAAGGGAAUGGUGUGGAACUGGGGCGAAGGCUGCGAGAAGGCCUUCCAAAACUUAAAUCAAGCCGUUAUGAAAGAUCUUGUUCUUACCCUGCCAGAUUUGAACAAGCCAUUUGAAGUGUAG